GUAUGUGUUCACGAUAGUUUGCAAUGCAAGCUAGUUGCAAUGUGUUAUUUUGCUAACUUUUUAUAGCCUACAUGCAAAUAAAACUAGUGAAUAAUACAAAUUUACAAAAUAAUCAAAAUAAUAGUGGGAUAUGUUUUAUACAACUUAGUGUAACAUUUAACAGAAAACUGCGUGCACGUGACAUCACAUUGAGGCGAGGCAAUUCGUUUCUUUCUAAGUCCGUUUCGUCUGAUGCCUUUGAGUUUGAUGCCUUUUGGUCUGAGGCUGUUAAGUUCAAUGCCUAAUUGUACAAAACCUGACACCUGACGUUACUUUUCCUGAGACCUGAAGCUUUUCAGUCUGAGGCGCGAUGCCGUUUUGUCCAAUGACUGAAGCCUUUUAGUCUGAGGCAUGACUCCUUUUCGUUGUAUGACCGAGGUGUGAGGAAGUCCUAAUAUGAACACCGUAUUUUGGUUGACUUUUUCUUCUGUUACCUCCCCCCUUUACCCAAGACCAUGGCCUGUAUAAAUUCCUCCACGAAACAGAGAGCAGUGAGAACAAGUCAAAGUGGAAAAUCACAAUCCAAAGGAAAAGAUGUCAAACAGCAUGCUGAAAAAUACAUUUGCCAUAAUCUGUGCACAGGUGGCUGUCUGCGCACUGGUGUGGACGCAGUGCCCCUCUCGCUGCAGCUGUCCGGCUGAACAUCCGCCGUGCGCUCCCGGUGUGAGCAUUAUUCUGGAUGACUGCGCCUGUUGUGUGGUGUGCGCCAGGCAGCACGGUGAACUCUGCUCUCAAACCAGUCCCUGCGAAACGCGAAAGGGUCUCAGGUGCGUUUACGGUGGUGGUGCACACAAGAGGACUGGUGUAUGUGUAGCUCAUGAAGGAGACGCAUGCCUAUUAGGUGGCACUUUCUAUCAAAAUGGAGAUGUAUUUUUUCCGAGCUGCAAAUAUCAGUGUAUCUGUAAGGAUGGUCAGAUUGGAUGUGUGCCACGCUGUAAACUGGAUGUGAUGCUUCCAGGGCCUGAUUGCCCCUUUCCACGAAGUAUCCAAGUUCCAGGAGAAUGUUGUGAGAAAUGGGUGUGUGAUUCUCAUGCUGAGAUCAGUGCACUUGGUGGCUUUGCAAUGGCUGCUUACAGACAGGAAGAGACAGUUGGCAUUGGCCAGUGGGACUCCAGUGUAAACUGUAUUGAGCAGACCACGGAAUGGAGUGCCUGCUCAAAAACCUGUGGUAUGGGAAUGUCCACCAGAGUAACUAAUAAGAACCAGCACUGUGAGAUGAUCAAGCAGAGCAGACUUUGUAUGAUCAGACCCUGUGAAAGCCUGAACAAGCAGAGAACCACAACAAGGGAAGACAGGUGUCUAAGAACAAGGAGAAACACUGAAACCUACUUCACCUUCAAGAAUUGCACAAGCGUUCAAUCCUACAAGCCCCAGUUUUGUGGACUGUGCAGAGAUGGCCGGUGCUGCACCCCUCACAGCACUAAGACAGCUCAGGUGGAGUUCCAGUGUCCUGAGGGUAAGAUCAUCAGGAGACCAAUGAUGUUUAUUAAUACCUGUGUUUCUCAUCAUCACUGCCCACGUGAUAACAACAUCAACCAGCUUUCUGCUAGCACCGGUUACAGUGGACUUCAGCUCUAAUAAAUACAAUGAACUAUGAAUAAAUAUG